AUGCACCUUCUACCCAACCACGCCCCUCUCUUCCCCGCCUCUCCCCUCUCUGUCCCCCACCUCUGCGGGUUUCAUUCUUACUACCCAUCUACCAUCCUACACACACAAAAAAAAACUUUUCCUUACCAACUCAAACCCUGUCCUCUCCUUCCAUGCCAAAAUUGCUUCAAUCUAAUUCUAUCUCCCCACCUCCAUGACGGUUUCUCCAGCCUUUUUUUUUCUUUUAUAACCUUCUCCUUUCAAAAGCCCUUUGUUGAUGAACACACACCAAGUAUCAGGAAAUUUACUCACUUUCUGAAAAUGGUAUUUGCUUUCCAUAAAAUCCCAAAUCUAUCUCUACCCUCCCCUCUCUACUCUUUUCUCUCUACCCUUCCCUCUCUACUCUUCUCUCUCUACCCGUCUCUCUCAAUCCUUCCCUCUCUAUUCUCUCUACUCUUCUCUCUCUACCCUUCUCUCUCCACCCGUCUCUCGACUCUUCCUUCUCUACUCUUCUCUAUCUACUCUUCUCUCUCUACCCUUCUCUCUCUACCCUUCCCUCUCUAUUCUCUCUACUCUUCUCUCUCUACCCUUUCCUCUCUACCCUUCCCUCUCUACUCUUUUCUCCCUACCCUUCUCUCUACUCUUCCCUCUCUACCCUUCUGUCUCUACUCUUCUCUGUCUACCCUUCUCUGUUUACACUUCUCUCUAUCCUUCUCUCUUUGCCCUUCUCUCUCUGCCCUUCCCUCUUUACCUUUCUGUCUCUACUCUUCUCUCUCUACCCUUCCCUCUCUACUCUUUUCUUUCUACCCUUCUCUCUCCACCUUUCUCUCGACUCUUCCCUCUCUACUCUUCUCUGUCUAUCCUUCUCUCUCAACUAAUGAGAAGGCAACUCUCAUAUAA